CCUUAUCAAAAGGUGACGGUAAUGCAAACCAUUCGUUGCUUGCCAACCACCAUUAAAAAUAAAAAAGAAGAAGAAGAAGACUUCCGGACCGUAAACCCUCGCAGAAGGCGGCCGGUAGGCUACCGGGUACCACGUGAUAUUGAAAACGAAAGUAGAAUCUUAGCCGAAAGACGAUGUCGGCGUCCCUAUCAGCUGUAGGCUUUUCUGUUGUAAUCGUUUAAUGAGCUGUAGCCUAAUCGAUCGAAGACCGGAAUUCUAUAUAGAGCUAUCAGCAGUGUUGAACGGCAUGCCAACACAGGGAGAAAACAUGCCUGUUCCUGCCAAAUGUAGUGUUGGAAAAGCACAAUCCAAUGAGCUGAGGGUCGAUCAGACAGAAGAUCCAUCUGUAUGUGCGAUGCCUGAGCAGAAAGCAAAUGGCGUCGUCACCUGUGGUCAAGCAUCUGAUGAUGAGGUCCUGGUGAGGGUCAAACAGCUUUAUAAAGCUGGACUGAAGAGCAGGUUGGAGGUCCUAGCUGAGGCUGCAACACUCCAGAAGGAGCACUACAUCACAGACGGAGGAAACGACGGUGAAUAUAAGCAACAUGAGGUUUGGCAGGUACAGUCAUUACCCAGAGGGGAAACCACAGAAGACACACCCAUCAACUGCAAUGACAUCUUCAAGCCCUUAGCUGGACAGGAGAGGCACAUCAGAACUGUGAUGACCAAAGGUGUUGCUGGCAUUGGAAAAACCAUCUCGGUGCAGAAGUUCAUCCUUGACUGGACAGAUGGGGUAGCCAAUCAGGAUGUAGAUUUUAUGUUUCCCCUUUCUUUCCAAGAGCUGAAUUUGGUCAGGGGUGAUCAGUAUAGUCUUCACAGGCUCUUGCUUGACUUCCACCCUGAGCUGAUGGAGCUGAAUGAUGGUGAAGGAUACAGAGACUGUCGGGUUGUGUUCAUCUUUGAUGGUUUGGAUGAGAGUCGGUUGACUCUGGAUCUGGAACAGAACAGUGAGCUGACUGAUGUGAAACAAACAUCAUCAGUGAAUGCUGUAGUGACGAGCCUCAUUCAGGGAACUCUGCUUACCUCUGCACUCAUCUGGAUAACCUCACGACCAGCAGCAGCCAGUCAAAUCCCUGCUCGGUAUAUCCACCAGGUAACAGAACUACGAGGAUUCAGUGACCCACAGAAGGAAGAGUACUUCAGGAAGAGAAUCGGUGACGAGAGUCAGGCCAAAAGAAUCAUCUCACACAUGAAGGCAUCCAGCAGUCUCCGCAUCAUGUGCCACAUUCCAGCUUUCUGUUCGAUCGUAGCCACUGUACUUCAGCAGAUGAUGGAAAAGAACAACACCCAAGAAAUCCCCAAAACGCUGACCGAGAUGUUCAUCCACUUCUUGGUCAUCCAGACAAAUCACCUCCGUCAAGAUGGGUGUGACACGGAGAAUCGGGCGGCCCAGAUGGAAAGCGUGCUGACGCUGGCGGAGCUGGCCUUUAAGCUUCUGGAACGAGGGAACACGGCUCUGUAUGACGAAGAAGACUUCAGAGAAUACGACGCCGGCGUCAAAAUGUUGUUAUCUUGUCCGGGACUCAUCAAAGAAUCGGCCCUUAACGAGCGGAAGAUCUACUACUUUACUCAUGCGAGCGUCCAUGAGUUCCUCGCCGCCCUUCACGUGUUCCUCCAUUACAAGUCUCUGAAUGACCACUGCGGUACCCUGGAGAGGUUUCUGGAGAAGGCCCACGUGCCGCUGGCGGAGUUCCUGCAGGACGCCGUGGAGAAGGCGCUGGACAGCAGCAGUGGACACCUGGACCUCUUCUUGCACUUCCUGUUGGGCAUCACUUUGGAGUCCAAUCAGAGGCUGCUGCAAGACCACUGUAUUCUCGCCCACCCGAUGGACAGCUCUGAGAGCAUAAUGAAAACGUGCCAGUACGUGAAAGAGCUGGACAGAGAAGACAUCGCUCCUGAAAAGUACACCAAUCUUUUCCACUGCUUGUUCGAAAUGGAGGAUCGCUCGUUGGAUGAAGAGAUUCAAGAGCUCCUGAAGUCACCGAACGGGAUCAAGUUGUCCACUGCUCACUGCUCGGCCUUGGCCACUGCUCUCCUGACGUCCGAUGGAGCGCCGGAUGAGUUUGACCUGAAGAAGUACAACACGUCAGACGAAGGGCGCAGGAGACUGAUCCCAGCGAUGAGGGUUUGCAGAAAGGCACGACUGACUGGCUGUAAUCUCAGUGAUAAGCUUUGCGAGGCUGUGGCUUCAGUCCUGCAGUCCCCAAACCUCCUGGUGGAGCUGGACCUGAGCAGCAACCCCUUCCGGGAUUCUGGGGUUCAGUUUCUCUCUGCUGGGAUGCGCACCUCCCACUGCAGACUGCAGACGCUACGACUUGCAGACUGUGAACUCAGUGAUGCAUCCUGUGCAGUGGUGGCUGAAGUUUUGCAGUCACCAAACUCCCUCAAACAUCUGGACCUCAGCAGCAAUAAAAUAAGGGACCGUGGAGCCCAACAUCUGUCUGCAGGACUUGGUCACGCUAACUGCAACCUGGAGAUAUUGAGACUAAAAGCCUGUGAGCUCAGUGACAACUCCUGUGUGACCUUAGCUGCAGUUCUGCAGUCAGCAAAAUCCCUCAAACAGCUGGACCUGAGCAGCAACAACAUCAACGACUGUGGAGUCCAGCAUCUGUCUGCAGGACUGUGUCAUGACAACUGCAAGCUGGAGAUAUUGAGGCUCUCUGACAGUAAAUUGAGGACCAAGUCGUGUGAAGCGGUGGCGUCGGCACUGAAGUUGCCUAACUCCCUGGUAGAGCUGGACCUCAGCAACAACGUCCUCAAAGACUCUGGCCUCAUGCAGCUCUCCGUGGGACUCGGCAGUCCGGAGUGCAAACUGAAAAAGCUAAGUGUCAAAGACUGCCAGAUCUCAGAGGAGGGUUUCCGUUUGCUGAGCGAGGCUCUGACCACAAACCCCUCGCAUCUGAGACAGCUGGACGUUCGGUACAAUCACCCGGGAGAAUUGACAUUGAAGCUGUUCUCUGCCAGAUUGAGGGACUACUACUGUGCACUGAAGACACUUUAUUUCUUUCCAGAAAUUAGAUUGAGACCUGAUAUGCAGGGCUAUCCCUGUGACCUCACCUUUGACUCGAACACGGUAAACAGAAAUCUCAGGCUCUCCGAGGGGAACAGAAAGGUGACCUGCGUGAGCGAAAAGCAGCCGUAUCCCGACCACCCGGAGAGAUUCGACCACUGGUAUCAGGUCCUGUGCCGAGAGGGUCUGUCUGGACGCUGCUACUGGGAGGUGGAGUGGAGCGGUCGAGGGAUCACUCUCAGCGUGUCGUACAGAAGCGCGUCCAGAAGGGGCGACGACCGCGCCAGUGUGAUGGGGAACAACGCCAAGUCCUGGAUGGUCGACUUGGGCACGCUCUUGGCCUGGCACAACGACAAGCACACGGGCAUCCCGACCCCGUACGUCCGCUCCAAAAGGGUCCGGGUGGACCUGGACUGGCCGGCCGGCACGCUGUCCUUCUACAGCGUCAACUCGUCUGAAACGCUCACGCUGCUGCACACGUUCCGCGCCCCGUUCGCCGAGCCGCUCUAUCCGGGGUUCGGACUGCUGCUCGGCUCCACGGUGACCCUGCGCCAGAUAGCCCAGGACUCUCCUCGUGCAGCGGCGGUGGCGGCGGCGGCGGGAAGUCCGUACGCGGAGUCGUACGCGCCGCAGCCAUACGCACGGGCGAACCCGCCUUAUCCGACGGGAACGCCGUACCCGCAGCCGUACCCGCAGACAAACCCUCCGUACCCGACGGGAGCUCCGUACCCGCAGUCGUACACGCGGACAAACCCACUGUAACCUUCUGCAAAUGUUUACAUACUGUUGGAAUUUUGUAUUCUUGACAUUCUGAUUUUUUUUCUUUAGCAUUUGCAACAACAACAAAAAAAAAAGUAAAAUGAUAGUAAUUAAAGUAAUUUUUAAAUAUUUUAUUAUGAAUUUUGUAUAGAGAUGGCACUGAACUGUUGUCCUUUUCUAUCAACAAAUAAAAAGUAGAUUACAUAUUUUGUCAA